AUGGCAUCCAUCGCCCGUGCUCUGCGGCCCUUGUCCCGCACCGCUCCCUCCUUUCGCCUCGCAGCCAGACAGCCAUUGCCAUACCGACUGGCACAAGGCACCCAUGCUUUCUCUACUACGUCCCGCCGGCGGGACGUCGAUAUCUCCAGCCUAACCCCAACCCCAAUCACCCAUCUGUCCGAAACCGAGUCGCUGAUGGCCGAAACCGUCUCCAAGUUUGCCCAAGAGCAGAUUGGACCCAAAGUGCGGGAAAUGGACGAGGCCGAAGUCAUGGACCCCGCACUGGUCGAGCAGCUGUUCGAGCAAGGGCUGAUGGGCAUCGAGAUUGCCGAGGAGUACGGCGGAGCCGGCAUGAACUUCACCUCCGCCAUCGUGGCCAUCGAGGAACUGGCCCGCGUCGACCCCAGCGUUAGUGUCCUGGUGGAUGUGCACAACACCCUCGUCAACACGGCCUUUAACAACUGGGCCGACGCCGCGCUCAAGAAGACGUGGCUGCCUAAGCUCGCUACCGGGACCGUCGGUUCGUUCUGUCUCUCUGAGCCGGCGUCCGGAUCCGAUGCCUUCGCCCUGCAGACCAAGGCGGAGAAGACGGCGGAUGGGUACAAGCUCAAUGGAUCCAAGAUGUGGAUCACCAACUCCAUGGAGGCUGGGGUCUUCAUCGUCUUUGCGAACCUGGAUCCUAGCAAGGGCUACAAGGGCAUCACGGCCUUUGUGGUCGAGAAGAACACCCCCGGAUUCUCCAUUGCCAAGAAGGAGAAGAAGCUGGGUAUCCGGGCUAGCAGCACCUGCGUGCUCAACUUCGAUGAUGUCGUCAUUCCCAAGAGUAACCUUCUCGGUGAGGAAGGCCAGGGUUACAAGUACGCCAUUGGCUUGCUGAACGAGGGCCGUAUCGGUAUCGCUGCUCAAAUGACCGGUCUGGCAUUGGGUGCUUGGGAAAACGCCGCCAGCUACGUCUGGAAUGACCGUCGUCAAUUCGGCCAGCUUAUCGGAACUUUCCAGGGUAUGCAGCAUCAGCUGGCCCAGGCUUACGUUGAGAUUGCUGCCGCUCGGGCUCUCGUCUACAAUGCCGCGCGCAAGAAGGAAGCGGGUCAAGACUUCGUCCAGGACGCCGCCAUGGCCAAGUUGUACGCAUCACAGGUUGCGGGCCGUGUGGCCGGCUCCGCCGUCGAAUGGAUGGGCGGCAUGGGCUUUGUCCGUGAAGGCAUCGCCGAGAAGAUGUUCCGUGACAGCAAGAUUGGUGCCAUCUACGAAGGCACAAGUAACAUUCAGCUGCAGACAAUUGCUAAGCUCCUGCAAAAGCAGUACACUAAAUAA